ACAAACGAACCCGUCACCGAAAGGCACGCAUUGAACGCCUAGACAAAGGCUCAAUCGGUAUCUUUGCGUAUCAUAGCGUACGGCUGUUACGCGUUUCCGUCAUCCGCGAGCGAUUCCUUGGCUCGCUCGGCCUUCGCGGUAACGUUAUCUUUGUUGAGCCUUCUCGCCGCGAUUCGAGUCGAAAGUUGCAGAUACACGACAAAAGCUUUCAAUUCACUGUUCGUUCCCGACGUUCGCUACAUACAUUUACGCAAGACGCAUAUUCCCCGAUCAUCUCGGUUAAACGUAGUCGCUGUCAAUCGCUUAAUCUCGCAAAGCACCAACGAGCAGCAUUCAAUCACAACAUCAGUCAGCUGCAGCUCAAUACCCAAGCGUCACCACGACUCAUCCAAGAUCGCAUAAUCGCAUGUCAUACACGCCGGGCUUGGAGCCGGAUUCUCCACCAUCGCGAGCGAGUCUUGUGCAAUGGUGGAAGCAAUUCAAAACAAAACCCGCAAAGAAGCCGGAGGGUCCGAAAGGCAUCUUCAACGUACCACUUCAGGAAUCAAUCAAGUAUGCGCAUGUCGCCAUCUCACUGACAGACCCUAAUGGCGAGUCGUUCGUGUACGGCUACAUCCCCAUCGUCAUAGCAAAAUGCGGCGUCUUUCUCAAAUCCCAAGGUCUCGACACAGAAGGAGUCUUCCGAAUCUCAGGUAGCGCAAAACGCAUCAAGGAACUCCAACUAAUCUUCGACUCGCCGCCGAAAUACGGAAAGAACAUGGAUUGGAGGGGAUACACCGUGCACGACGCCGCGAACGUUCUUCGAAGAUACCUCAACCAACUACCAGAACCAAUUGUCCCCCACGACUUUUACGAACAAUUCCGCUCACCGAUCGUGGAGGAACCCUACAACGAAACCCACGCAAUCGAAGCCUACCAAUACCUCAUCUGCCUCCUCCCCUCCCUAAACCGACAACUCCUCCUCUACAUCCUCGACCUCCUCGCCGUCUUCGCCUCAAAAGCAAACGAAAACCUAAUGACAGCAGAAAACCUCGCAGCAAUCUUCCAACCCGGGAUCAUCUCCCACCCAAACCACGACAUGAGUCCAGACGAGUAUCGGAUUUGUCAGAAAGUGUUGAUAUUCUUGAUUGAGCACCAGGAUCACUUCUUAUUGGGGAUGGGACCUACGGGGAUGCAUCAACAACCACCGACACCGCCUGGCGAGACACGCGGGGCACGGAGACAGACUGCGUUGGGCAUGGGUAUGCCACCACAGAAAGCCGCUGACCUCCGCCGCUCACGGACGAUCACGCCAACUAACUCCGUAGCGAACGCGGCAGCAGUACGCCGAAAUGCGAGUAUCACCUCUUCACGAGUUGGUUCACCCUCUGGCCAUGGGAGUUCAGUCGCGAACGUGAGUCGGAGUAAUACGUUACCGAGUAAGAGACGGAUGGUACCGGGUACUGCUGCUGGCGGGGCAGUGAUGACGCCGACGAGGGAGGGGAAGACGGGGAGUCCUAGUAUUCACGGGUCGCCGUCGCCGUUGGGGCCGGGGACGCCGGUGGAUAAGUCGCCGAGGCCGUCUGGGCAAGUGGAGCGAGAAGAUGUGGAUGAGCCUGGUGUGGGUGUGGAGGCGGUACAGGUGCAGGUGCAGGUGCAGACACCACCUCAGCAACAGCAGGGAUUUGCGAGACCGUUGGUUAACCCUUUGCAUCACGAGGCUGCGGCUACAGCGCUUGAGCGCGGAAUGCAGACCGGUGAGGUGGUAUCAGAGUGUGUACCACCAUCUACACCAGCCGUUGUACCCGUCGCGAUGGCGCCAGCGCUGAAGAUUACCCGGCCGGGUUUGAUGGCAAGAUCGAGCAGUUACCAAGAAGACCUCCACCCCUCACCACCACGAGACGACAUAACACACGCCGGAUUGGACACCCACCAACACCCACGCGAAGAACUCGCCGACGUCAAAGUCCCCUACACAACCCUCGAAGUCGAAUCAUCCCCUGCACCCUCAGCACCAGUCUCCUCCCCCUCCUCGCCAUCAAAACUGCACAAUUUGGGCCAACGACUGAGUUUUGGGUUGAGACAUAAGAAGAGUGAGGAUAGCCAUACACCGACGUCGUCUGUGACGAGUUUGGGGUCUUCGCAGGUGCCGUGGACGGCAAGUCCUGUACGGGGGGCGUCACCGUUGCAUUACCCGCCUUCACUGACGCCUGGGCAUGUACAAACACAACCAUCGCUGCAGCCGCAGCCGCUACAGCUGACGACGAGUGGGCAGCUGGCGUACCAGCACCAGCCACAGCGGCAUACACGCCUCCACUCCAACUCGCUGAGUUCGACGGAGUUUAGUGCGAGUGCAGCGAGUAGUCGGCGGAGUUCGGUCGUUUCCGUAACAGGUCAGGGAAUGGAAUCUUCUUCGGGGCGGUUACGUGCGCAAACAUCUCUUCCUGGGCUCCAACAGCAGGGGCAGGGUCGGCCGGGCAUAGGACAGCGUGUACCCUCUGCCUCAAACCUCCGGCCUGAGGACGCAAUAGGCAUGUCCAUCCCGCAUUCAGGAUCCGAGGGAAGAGAGGUGCGGAAUAAGGAUAGUCAAGGGAGUUUGGGGAUGAUGAGUACGAGUCCUGCGGGGAAACUUGGACAGUGGUUUAGGAAGAAGAGGAGUGAGAGGGGGAGUAUUAGUAGUGUGAGUCAGAGUGGGGUUGGGGAGGGGGGUGAGGAGGGCGGUCGAUGAUGAGGGGGAGACAUAAUGACAUUGCAAAGAAAGUGUGCGGCUUUGGAAGUGAGAAAUUGAUGGGAAUAUGGGUGAUUGGUUGAUUGAUUUGAAUUGAUUGAGAGGCUGCGUAAAGCCUAUUCGUGUUGACGUCGCGUCUCGUUGCGCGUUAUUUAUUUUACUUUCUUUUUUUGUUGCGGGUGUUAUUGUGAGCGUUUGUCUCGUUUUGCAAUUGUUUGGAUUU